AUGACAUAUAAUGCGACAUCAGGAUCGACGAUAGAAGGCCUUGAUCAGUCAUUUAGAAGCCCCGAUAUCAUGUGGGAGACGGAAGCCGGUCCUUCGAACUACCGCACCUUCUCAGUGUUGGCUAGCACGCCUUACCCCAGCGAACGUGUUCCCAGGACCGUUCAGCAGGUGGGACCCAGCAAUAUCGUUCCUAGUAUCCCAUACUCCCGCGCGUUCGCAACCUCUGCUGGCGAGAUGAGAGCCGGGCGAUCGACUGUUACGGAUGGCGAAGGCUUUAGGGCAUCCGAUGGCGCAUGCACCAAUGACUCCGUGUCAUUCACCAGUAACCUUCGCACAACAGGACCGCACGCGAGCGCGGCAAAUCGCGCAAAGAAAUUCCAGUGCCCGCAUGCAGGGUGCCAGUCCAGCUACACAACAAAAGCGAAUCUGAUCAGCCACUUGGACGUCCAUGCAGGGAUCAAGAAAUUUGAAUGCGCGGCAUCCAACUGUCGAAGUCGCUUUACCCGCCGCUCUGACCUCAAGCGCCAUGAGAAAAUACACGAACCGAAUCGCGAAGCGUUCGUCUGUCACGCCGAGGGAUGCGAAAAACAGUUCUCUCGUCUCGAUAGCCUACGAUCCCACCAAAAUACUACGCGUCACCAUGCAAUGUAA